GUACGUCAAGACGGGACAAUUUCGACAACACGGCUUCUAGACCGCGAGAUCCGGUCCUCUUACAACCUGACACUCUUGGCCACGGAUGGCGAAGCCAACACCCAUCAGGAGGAAAACAUUGGUAAAGGACAGCGCAUUUCCGGACAGAGCCGAGGAUGGUCAGUGAGCAAGAAACCUAGUAAGCCAGCUAUAGUCGAAAAAGCAAUGCAAAGCCAGGCGAGGCGGUUGACAACCCCAGUUGAAGUGUUUAUCACAGUUCUCGAUCUGAACGACAAUUCACCAAUCUUCAUAUAUCCAAACAUGUCGGCCCAUCACGUACGUACUUGCUUCAUUAAAAACAGCUGA